AUGCCUUGCACGACGCCGGCUCUUCCCGGGUGGGCUCUCCUCCCGCCUCCAGUGCUUGAGCCGCCCCCCCUCACCCCGCCGCCUCCCGGCUCGCGCGAUCCAGCCCGGGUUUUCCAGGCAGCCGCGCGCGCCUCCUGCCAGCCAUGCGAGCGAGGGGGAUUUCGCAGGCACCCAAGAGAAGCGCGGGGCUGCUGCUGCUGCUGCGAGCGCGGCGGUGGCGGCGGCGGCGAUGGGAGGGAAGCCAGGCCGCCGAGCAGAGCGCAUCGGAGGCUUUGCCGUCCUCCUCUCGGCGCUCGAGGACCCCCGCCAGAGCCGGGCCGAGGAAGAGGAGGAAGAGGAGGAGGCGGCCAGCUGCAGCCGCAGCCGCCGCUGGACCUGCUCCUGCUAGUCCGCGCAGGCGAGCCGGAGAGACGCCCGGCCGGGGGCGGCAUGCGCGCCUGCUGCCCAGCGCGGCCUCGAUCCGGGGGCCCGCGAGCCACGAGGGGGAGGAGGACGACGACGACGACGAGCGGGGAGCCGCCAGCACCUGCCUCUGCCGCUUGCCGGCCAGGACAGCCGGGGGCGGCUCAGCCCCGCCACGCCCGGCGCCGCAGCGGCUCCCUGGACGGCAGCAUCUGCCCUCCCCCGCUGGGUGCGGGGACCACCCCCAGCCCGCCGGCCGCCCGGAGCUCUGGGACUUUGUGAG